CCGGCAUAAAACAAUAGCAAUAUAUUUUUCCGAAUGGUAACAAAUUUUAUUUUCUGUCAGAUCGUUGUUGCAUCAUCGAUUUUGGGCAAAAUGACCGAUAAAAUUAUACCUGUGGUAAAGGCCGAUGAGGAGACCGAGGAAGAGUUGGUAGAUCCUCAGACCGUCCUUAGGGAACAAUGUUCGCAAAAGCAAGAUGCCCAGAAUCAUUGGUCUAAAUACCAAGAAUGCAAUGACCGUGUUAACUCUCGCUCCAACACAGCAGAGACCUGUGAAGAAGAACUCAUAGACUACCUCCAUGUGCUUGAUAAAUGUGUCACCAAAGACCUAUUCAAAAGAUUAAAGUAAAAUUUAUAAAAUCCACCUCAAAGCAGAUUGCAUGCACAACACAAGUGUUAAUUUUGUCAUUUUACAAUAAUAGUCUUGUUUUGGGGGUGAAAUAAUAGUGCUGUUAGUGAAUAUUUAACAAUUACUCUUGAGUGGAAAAUGAUUGUGUUGAAACUAUUGUUGUUUAUUUGUAAAUAAAAUCACAUUUAAAUAGUCA